CCCCCGGCCGCGCGUGCGCGCCGCAGCCCGCCCCGUGGCGGCGGAGCGGCCGUGACGAUGGUGGCGAGCGCCCGGGUGCGGAAGCUGGCCCGGCGGUACCGGCUGGCCGUGGCCACGGCCCUCGCCAUCCUCCUGCUGCAGGGGCUCGUCCUCUGGAGCUCCGCCGGCCUCGACGAGGAGGGCCCGGCCGAGGAGCAGCAGAAGAAAGCCAGGCUGCCCGAAAACAGCGAUGGCUCCAAGGACUCAGACAGCUCUGCCGGGCGCCGGGGCAGCGCAAGCCGGAAGCACGGGCGAUGGCGGGGACGGCUGGACAGCCCCGGGGCGCUGGUGUCUAAGGUGGUGAGAGCCGUGACGGCGAGACACAAACCGGGACGGCGGCUCCCGGCCGCGCCGGACUCCUCCAGCCGGAGGAACCUGACGGAGCCGCGCGGGGACGCCCAGCUGGCCGUCUUCCAGCAGGGUGACACAGGCAGCGUGGAGGGGGCUCCCCAGCCCACCGAGAACAACUUCACCCCCAAGUGUGAGAUCACGGGCAAAGAUGCCCUCUCGGCGCUGGCCAGAGCCAGCAGCAAGCAGUGCCAACAGGAAAUCGCCAACGUGGUGUGUCUGCACCGGGCCGGCAGCCUCAUGCCUCAGUCUGUGCCUCGUCACUGCCCGCUCUCCGGGAAGGUCAGCCCUGUGAUCCAGUGGGACGAGAGCCGGCUGCAGCAGGUGCCCCCCAGCAAACCUGUGCGCAUCGCCUACAUGCUGGUGGUGCACGGCAGGGCCAUUCGCCAGCUGAAGCGGCUCAUCAAGGCCGUGUACCACCAGCAGCACUUCUUCUACAUCCAUGUCGACAAGCGCUCCAACUACCUCCAUCGUGAGGCAGUGGAGCUGGCCCAGCACUACCCCAACAUCCGCGUGACGCCCUGGCGCAUGGUGACCAUCUGGGGAGGUGCCAGCCUGCUGAAGAUGUACCUGCGUAGCAUGAAGGACCUGCUGGAGCUGGCCGAGUGGCCCUGGGACUUCUUCAUCAACCUGAGUGCCACUGAUUACCCCACAAGGACCAACGAGGAGCUAGUGAUGUUCCUGUCCAAAUACCGGGAUAAGAACUUCCUGAAGUCUCAUGGCCGAGACAAUGCCAGGUUUAUCAAGAAGCAGGGUCUGGAUCGCCUGUUCCACGAGUGCGACUCCCACAUGUGGAGGCUGGGCGAGCGCCGCAUCCCCGAGGGCAUCGUGGUGGACGGCGGCUCUGACUGGUUCUCGCUGACGCGCAGCUUCGUGGAGUACGUGGUGUACACGGACGACCAGCUGGUGUCCCAGCUGCGGCAGUUCUACACCUACACGCUCCUGCCAGCCGAGUCCUUCUUCCACACGGUCCUGGAGAACAGCCACGCCUGCGAGACGCUGGUCGAUAACAACCUCCGAGUGACCAACUGGAACCGGAAGCUGGGCUGUAAGUGCCAAUAUAAACACAUAGUCGACUGGUGCGGGUGCUCCCCAAAUGACUUCAAACCCCAGGACUUCCUCCGGCUACAGCAACUCUCCAGACCCACCUUCUUUGCCCGCAAGUUUGAGUCGACGGUGAAUCAGGAGGUGCUGGAGAUCCUGGACACCCACCUCUACGGCAGCUACCCCCCCAACACGCCCGCCCUGAAGGCGUACUGGGAGAACGUCUACGACCGGGUGGAUGGGCUCAGCGGCCUCAGCGACGUCACCCUCACGUUCUACACGGGCUUCUCCAGGCUGGGGCUCCGCAAAGCCACGUCUGUGGUGGCACCCAAGGAGGAGAAGCUCUGCAGAUUUGAGCCCCGAGGCUUCCCCUCCAGUGUUCACUUGUAUUUCUAUGACGACCGUUUCCAGGGCUACUUGGUGAUGCAGGAAGUUCAGAACUCAGCAACUGGCCGGGCAGAGUCCCUGGAGGUGUGGAUGAUGCCCCAAGGAGCUCUGAAGCUGGCAGGUCAUGGAGGACAGGCAAACCGGUUACAAAACCUUGAGGUGGGCACGGAGUGGGACCCCAAGGAAAGGCUCUUCCGCAAUUUUGGGGGCCUGAUGGGGCCUUUUGACGAGCCGGUGGCCAUGCAGAAGUGGUCGCGAGGCCCCAACCUGACAGCCACAGUGGUGUGGAUCGACCCCACGUACGUUAUUGCUGCCUCCUAUGACAUCACGGUGGAUGCCGAGACAGAAUUCACCCAGUACAAGCCACCCCUGAACCGGCCUCUGCGCCCCGGCGUCUGGACCAUCCGCCUGCUCCAGUUCUGGGAACUCCUGGGGGAGAACCAGUUCUUGGUGGUGCCCCAGACCUUCAACCGCAGGCAGCCUCUCAGGAAAGACGAUAGCGCCUGGCUGCACGGCGGCCCCCCCCGCAACGAGUACAUGGAGCAGAGCUUCCAGGGCCUGGGGGGGAUCCUGAACCUGCCGCGCCCCGAGGAGGCAGAGGUGGCGGCGGCUCAGAAGGCACAGCUGACGGGGCGGGCGCUGGACGCGUGGGCAGACGGCGCCAUCAGCACCUUCUGGUCCGUGGCAGACGUCUGCGUCAGCGGCGAAUCCUCCUGCUCCUCCCUGGAGACCUGCAGCAAAACCUCCUGGAGCUCGUUGUCCCCAGACCCCAAAUCAGAACUGGGGCCCAUCAAACCUGAUGGGCGGCUGAGGUAGCAGGAGCAACUGGGGGGCGGCGCUGGGAGCGAGGGGCAUCCUCCGUCACUGCCCUGGGAGGGGCUCCAGACUGCAUCACCCCGUGCGAUUCACACCGUAGUUACUUGAGGAAGAGAACAUGGGAAGUGCCGGGCUGGGGGGAUCCUCCAGGAAUGGGCACUUGCUGGCCGGGUGAAUGUGCCGGGGUGCGCGUCACCGUGGGGCGCUGGCGACCAGGAGCUGCGUGGUUCUUGCUCCAGGCUUUGGUGUCUGGGGAAGGGCUGAUGGAGGAGGGACGGCUGGCGGGGGUGGGCUCUGCACCAACUCAGCACCCUGCCCUGCCCAGGGUGGAUCUCCGCAGGAUCCGGCCCCGUGCUGAGGGCUGCUCCCCAGAAGGCGGGCAGGGCACGCAGGGACGGGCAGGAGCAGGAUAGGUCGGAGCCUGCCACGUGCAUGGAGCUGCUGCUGGCCCAGGGCUUGCAUCUCAUCCCCUCGACCCCAGCCCUUUAGUUUGUAUUUUUAUAAACAUAUAGAGAAAUAUAUAUGAUGCAAAGUGCAAUAGAGGCGAGACCCCGCAUUGGCCGGGGUGUCCUCGUGUCUCCAUCUCCCCUGAGACUGUAACAUUCCUUGUUCUCUUGGGUGUCCUGGUGCUACAGGACAGGGUGCUGGGUUGUUUACAUUUUUUUUUUAAUUAUUGUUAUUGUUUUGCUGUUGACCAUUUCCUCCUGGGGGCUGAUGAGGGACCGCAUCCUGCCCCCCCCCCCCCCCAGGGCGGCCGCCUGCCUGUGCCAAACGUUGGGAGCUGCCGGCGUUCGCGGUGCGAGGGCUCGGAGCGGUUUGAGCCCAGGAAGCCGCUGUGGGACAUUGAUGCUGCUGCCUCAGUCCCCGCUCCAGCCCCAGCUCCGGGGCUGGCGGGAUGCUCGUGUCCCCUGCCAAAAUGCGACGUGCGUGCGGAUGCAACGUGAGCUGCCCUGUGCCACCUCCCGUCGGCCCAGCCCGCUCUGUUCUCCUGGGUCAGCAGAAGCUCUCGGGAUCUGCUGCGCUUCCCUGGCUAAAAAGCAAAGAACUGAGCGAGACGGGGCCGGCUCUGUGCCGCUUCCGCUUCCCCCAGCCGAGGGAGCUGCGGAGCGCCCCGUUCCCGCGCACCUCCCAGCCCGGGCGCUGCCCGUGCCGUUCCUCUCCGGACCGACGCUGCGUGGGGACGGCUGCGCUCGGUUUUCACUGCUCCGCGUGUGGAACCGCGGCUGGAGCCCGUGUGCAGCCCGAGGACGGACGCUGCGCGAAGGGCGGGGGUGCUGCUGCAGCCGGCGCCUCCGGAGCCCCGUGUUCCCCCCGCCCCCCGGCUGCGUGCGGGCUCCCGCCGGUCGCCCUCGCCCUCUUCCCCCGCUCCGAGGCUGCCGGCGCCGAGCUGGACGAGGGACGGGGCCGGGGAACGCCAAAACUGUGUCGGGAACGUCAUGUAAAUUUAAAUAUGCAACAUCUCCACAAAUAUAUCUAUAUCUCUA